GUGUCGUAGCAGUUUCAGUUUGUUUCGCAUCAGUGCUCCUUUACACAAGCCAAACUAUUUUUGUUGUGUUGUUUUAUGUUUAUUUUCCGUUGUGAUUCAAGCGAACGAGGAACAAAGCGAAAAUUAGAAAAGACCAUGAAUAAUUUCUUCUGAAGUAGAAAUUUUACAACGCGAAAAUUUAAUAUAUUUAAUACAAAUUUAAUACGAAUUAAAUAUUGUAAAAGGGAACAUAUGUUGCAACGAAAUUAGAAAUAAAAAAAAUCGAAAAACGAAGUGUUUUAUUCGUAAAUUUGAAGUGGAAGAGAUACAAAAGAAAUAAAAGAGAAACUCCCUUUAAAAUAUUACAGAAAAUUUAAAAAUUGCAUAAAUUAUAAACAUAAUGUCGUCUUUAUCAGCAUCUGCUGAAAAUGUGUCAAGUGCUAUGGAUUCGCACUCACAAGGUGCUGCUGGUUCGUCUGAGGGCGGUUCUUCGAUGUGUCUUGAACUGGCACUAGAGGGCGAGCGAUUGUGCAAAGCAGGUGAUUGCAGAGCAGGAGUGGCAUUUUUUCAAGCUGCCAUACAAGCUGGCACAAAUGAUCUGCGUACGUUAUCUGCAAUUUACUCACAACUAGGAAAUGCAUACUUUUAUCUUGGAGACUAUUCAAAAGCAAUGCAAUAUCAUAAACUAGAUUUAACCUUAGCCCGUUCAAUGAAUGAUAAGUUAGGCGAAGCAAAGUCAUCUGGAAAUUUGGGAAAUACUUUAAAGGUAAUGGGUCGUUUUGAUGAAGCUGCUAUAUGUUGUGAGCGUCAUUUAACAUUGGCGCGUCAGUUAGGCGAUAAAUUGUCAGAAGGUCGAGCGCUUUACAAUUUGGGCAAUGUUUAUCAUGCGAAAGGUAAACAUAUGGGUCAAAGAAAUCCUGGUGACUUUGGCGAUGAUGUAAAGGAAGCAUUAACAAAAGCUGUUGAUUUCUAUCAAGAAAAUUUGAAAUUGAUGCGAGAUCUAGGAGAUAGGGGAGCUCAAGGACGUGCUUGCGGCAAUUUAGGAAACACAUAUUAUUUAUUAGGUGAUUUUCAAGCUGCUAUAGAACAUCAUCAGGAACGUUUACGUAUUGCACGUGAAUUUGGUGAUAAAGCUGCUGAAAGACGUGCAAAUAGUAACUUAGGCAAUUCUCAUAUCUUUCUUGGACAAUUUGAAUCCGCAGCAGACCAUUAUAAGCGUACAUUGGCGCUUGCCAUUGAGUUAGGUGAACAUGAAGUAGAAGCGCAAUCAUGUUAUAGUCUUGGCAACACUUACACAUUAUUGCGCGAGUUUGCAACUGCUAUCGAUUUUCAUCAUCGACACUUAGCAAUAGCACAGGAACUGGGAGACAGAGUAGGUGAGGCACGCGCAUGUUGGUCAUUAGGCAAUGCGCACUCCGCAAUUGGUAAUCAUGAAAAAGCCUUACAGUUCGCCGAUGCGCAUUUGCAGCUGGCUAAAGAACUACAAGAUCCGGUUGGAGAGAGCACAGCACGUGUAAAUAUAUCUGAUUUACGCAAACUACUUGGCUUGCCAGAAGUAGAACACUCUCCAAUUGACACUCGUUCAAGUAAUUCUGAUUUAUCGAAUGCUGGACACCAAUCAGAUUGUUCAGAAAGCUCCCAAGGACGUAUGAUACGUGUACGCCGUCAGAGUAUGGAACAAUUAGAUCUUAUUAAAAUAACGCCAGAUGGCAAACGUGCACAAACACAGGAUGAUAAACAUGUUCAAAAACCACCAACGGUAAAAGGUAAAGCACAAGAUGAUGAUUUCUUUGAAAUGCUUUCUCGAUCACAAUCAAAACGCAUGGAUGAUCAACGUUGCUCUAUAAAAAUUACUAAAAACCCUUCAGUGAAUGCAAUUUCAACAGCUUUAGGUGCCACAAGAAAACCGUUAACACAACAAAACUCUCAAAAUUCAACAGGUAGUGGGGAACUAACAGGAAGUGGUGCAUUGCCAGGAUUAAAAAACACUACUGGUAGUGGUGGAUCAACAUCUGGUCACGGACAUCUAUCAAGAAGUGCUACUACGACACAACAGCCAGAUGAUGCAUUCUUAGAUAUGCUAAUGCGUUGUCAAAGUUCACGUCUAGAAGAACAACGUUCAGAAUUACCACGUUCCAAUAUAACAGAAGAUGCGGAAGCUGCUGCACCAACACGUUCACGUUCAGCACGAGCUGGAAAUAGUAGUGCUGGUGGUACUACAGUGCCAGAUGAAGAUUUCUUUUCGUUGAUCAUGAAAGUUCAAAGUGGCCGUAUGGAAGAUCAAAGAGCUGCUAUACCUUUUAAUACACGUCCAGCUGCCAAUGGAACAGUCGGCAGUGGUGCUAACUCACAAAGCAAUGCAAAUGCUAAUAGUUGUCCAAUAUAAUGAAUAUGUAAUUUAACGAACUGCAAAGUUUUGUCAUUAAUGAAUACAUAACUCGUAUUUGAAUAUAAAGGAUAAUUUCACAUCAAAUACACCUAUAUUUUUCGUUUUAAUGAAUGGGCUGUUCAAAAAACCGACUACUGUAUAUAAAAACACUGUUUCUACCAAUACACAAACAUCGUAAAUUGUACCAAAACUCUUCCAAUGCAUAUUUUAUUAUUAUAUACGUAU